CAGCUGUAUGUAAUAAUCAAAUCAAACAAAGCGUGUCUGUCAGCAUAGCAAUGCAAUUAAACUAACAAAUACAAAACUACAAAGUCAAUAAGGGCAACAACCUCUGCCUUUUGCCACCCAUUGCAGACCUGACUUUCUCAACAAAAUCCAUCUUCUCUUCUUAUUAAUAACCUCUUUCUUUAUCACAAGGGACGCUUUUGCUAUAACCUUUUUAGUCUUCUCUUCAUUCACCCACUUCAUACCGAUCUCUUCUCUCUUUUUCCUCCAAAAAGUUCUUAUUUUUGGAUUGCUUGUCAAUUUUUUGAGCCUGUUGAUCAUCUGGGUGGUGGAAAUUUCCUUUUUUUGCCCCCCACCUUUUCGGGGAGGGUUGUUAGAAUUGCUUGCUUCCGUGAUCGGAAUGUUUUGCAGAUAAAUUCACAGUUCUUAAAGAGAGUUUUGGGGUUUCUCUGACGUCAAGUUUUUUGUGGAAAUUUUCGGUUUUGAAAAGAUUUGCCCAAGAGUUACAUGCUGAGUGAUAGAGGGGGAAAGUGACUGACGUGUGGCUGAAUUGUUUACAUGGAUUGUUUCUGCUGCUUCAACAAUCAGGUGGUUGGAGGACGCACUUCAUGUGGCUCUGGCAAGGGCAAGAGCCAUCAGGGCUCAGUUAAGUAUGGCUUUAGCCUAGUUAAAGGGAAAGCAAACCACCCAAUGGAGGACUAUCAUGUAGCAAAAAUUGUCAAGCUUGGAGGGCAAGAGUUAGGACUUUUUGCUAUAUAUGACGGACACUUGGGAGACAGUGUGCCUGCCUAUUUACAAAAGCAUCUCUUUUCUAAUAUCUUGAAGGAGGAGGACUUCUGGACUGAUCCAGCCAGUUCCAUCAUUAAAGCCUAUGAGACAACAGAUCAGGCCAUUCUUUCUGAUAGUUCUGAUUUGGGGCGAGGAGGAUCAACUGCAGUGACUGCAAUUCUUAUUGAUAAUCAGAAGUUAUGGGUAGCAAAUGUUGGAGACUCACGAGCAGUUUUGUCGAGAAAAGGGGUGGCCGAACAGAUGACUAUUGAUCAUGAGCCCAAUACUGAGAGGGGCAUCAUUGAGAACAAAGGCGGCUUUGUCUCAAACAUGCCAGGAGACGUUGCAAGAGUAAAUGGGCAGCUUGCAGUUUCUCGAGCAUUUGGAGACAAAAAUUUAAAAUCACACUUACGAUCUGAUCCUGAUAUACGACAUGUUGAUAUUGACCCAGAUGCUGAGCUUUUGAUACUUGCCAGUGAUGGUCUUUGGAAGGUAAUGGCAAACCAAGAGGCAGUUGAUAUUGCACGAAGGAUAAAAGAUCCACAAAAGGCAGCUAAACAACUAGUUGCCGAGUCAUUGAACAGAGAGAGUAAGGAUGAUAUUUCGUGCAUUGUAGUUCGUUUCAAGGGAUGAACAAGGGAAACCAACACAACACAACUACUCCCUACAUUUUCUUGGUAUAUAUUUUAUCAAUAUGCCCUCCCAUUUGUUUGGAGAUCUCGUGAAAUCCAUUUUCUACAACAUAGGUUUUGCUCAUUCCUCUGUAAAAUUGAAGUUCUUCAAAUUAGAUGGUGCCAUUUUAGUAUCUCAAGAUUUGUUUUGUGUAGAUUAUUACCAUCAUUUUUCUUUGUAAUUUGCAUUAUUACAUGGAGCAGUGUGAAGAUGGACAUAGACAUAGCUUUUACAUUUGAAUGAGUUAUGCGUUUGUUACAAACACAAUUUACGAAUUACUUGAAAUGUCCUACCCCGAAUGCCUAAUUUUCCACUGCUACAAUUCAAGUGACACAGUGAGCAACUGUCCGAGUUAUUAUUAUGAGUUUAAUUUUACAUCGUUA